AUGGAAGAAUCGAAGCCUGCCCCGAGAAGGCGUCGACCGUCAGGCCGAAGGGUGAAGCCCUCCAGCGGCUCCAAACGUGACCAGGCUCCUACAGCCGGUGACGACAGCAGAUCAUCGUCCGAUGACCAUGACUCUUCAAAAGAGUCUACUCCGAUCGAACGGCGCAGGAAGAAACCCGAACUUGAGAAGUCCGGCGCUUCACGUCUCAAGGCAUCCCAAUCCAAGCAAGCCUCAUCUCAAUCUCAAAUAUCAAGCCUACUUGAGCAACCCCGACAAUCUGUGGAGCAAGUCAAACACGAGAGCAGCUUGUCGCCAUCAACAGAGGCCUCGAGCGCUCCGGUAUCCGCUGGGUGGUUCGAAAAUCCAGAGAAGUCCUCGUCUGUAUCGACGGACUUUUCUCAAGAAGACAGAGCUUGGUCACACCUGUCUCAGGACCUACAAUUCUACUUAGAAUAUCACACGACACGUCUGAAUUACCAUCAUUACUUUUUCAAGCACGACGCCAAUCAUUUCCUGCACAACAUUCUCGUUAAGCAUGCAUUACAGUAUGACCCUCUACUAUAUGCCGUCGUUGGUUUUGCGGCUUUUCAGUUGACCGUAACACGCCCGAAUGGUAAAAUCCAAGAUUUCCUGGGUUACUAUAACAAAUCGGUUUCGUUGCUACGAAAAUCGCUGGUCGAAAAUCAGAAACACACAGAGGCCACCAUGUUGACGAUCUUACAACUUGCUACCUUUGAGGAUUACCUAGGCGACUGGGUCAGCUUACUUGGCCAUCAAAAAGCUGCCUAUGGGAUGCUUCUGGAACUAUACUCAUCUCACUCGAUUAUGGAGACGGAAGUGCGCAGGAAGAUUCUAGCUUGGUACUCAAGAUUUGACGUGAUGGGAGGGCUAAUGUCUGGUUACCAGACCAUUUUGGGCCGAGAAUGGUUUGUUGCCACAGUAAAUUACUAUCGCCAGCAGUCUUUGAGUUAUCCAAACAGCAUAGACUACAAGAUUGAAGCAACCAUUGCCAAGCACCGACUCUUGGCAGUCGACCUGGCUUUGCUCUUCGCCCAAUUACCUCGGGGUGCCAUCACUAUCGAGACCUUCGAGAGAGAGAGCGAUAAGUUUGCUGAGCAGAUCAGGACCUGGAAGGAGAACCUGGACCCAAUUUUUCGAGACCCGAGCUAUCUUGUCGAAUCUUUCGAAGGAAAAGCACGAGCUCCAGAGGACAUUGUCGAUCCUUACCUGCCCGGAGGCCUUUACAAAGGCGCACUGUUUUCAUUCAACUUUAUGCUUAUCGACUGGCAUGCCAUUAACUUGAUGCACGGGUACAAGACAGCUUCGAUGCUUAAGCGACCACUCCCACUAGAGCUUUCCAGAAUAGCCUUGGAUAUAUGCAGAUUGUUUGAAGCUAUUGAAUGUUGGCCCGAUAGCCCGCCCGGGUCUAUGCUGAAAGCGCAAGGUAGUCUUGGCCUUGCAAUAUUAGUCAUUCCGAAAGAUGAAAAACAUAUUAUGUGGUGUCGGCGGAAGUUGGCCAAAGUAGAAAGCUUGGGCCAUAUAUACCCAUCUACACUUCGCCACCAAAUGGCUGAACUAUGGGGCAUACCCGAGGUCAGUGAAUGGUGGUUACCGGACGAGAAACAAUGUCCACCGGUGGUGCGCAGUAUUCGUUCGUUUAUGGAAAAUCGUCUUCCGCAAGGCAAAGACGAAUCACGGAGCGAAGACCAGCGGAACAUUAAGGGUAUUUUUUCUCAACUCAGCCUCCACGAGAGUCCCAAAGCCGGCCUGGGACAGGCGAGUGGGUUUGGGACACCGCCUUUCCUCGACUCAACAAAUCCUUCUGCUGAGGAUCUAGCAUCUCAAGGCCUGGCUGGUCAUGCAGCAGAUCCGGAUGUAGAUCAAGACAUGGGUUCGGACAAUUCUAUGCUCGAUCAGAGCCGCGAGAGCUUCUACAACAUGGGGUAUAACAGGAACUAA